UCCAACCUCUGGGACACCCUCAGCUUCUACAGAAGAAGGAUCAGGAGAGUCAACAAGAUGAAGGGUCUGCUGUUCACUCUUGUCCUUGGUCUGCUUGCUGCCGGUCAAGGCGAUGUGAUAGAUGCCUCUCAGUUCACAGGAAAAUGGUUAACCCAUUUUAUCGCAGCCGAUAACAUAGACAAGAUCACCGAGGGCGCGCCAUUCCACAUUUUCAUGCGUUACAUCGAGUUUGAUGAAGAAAACGGCACGAUACACUUCCACUUUUAUAUCAAGAAGAAUGGAGAAUGCAUAGAAAAAUAUGUCUCAGGCCUAAAGAAAGAAAACAUCUAUGUUAUUGACUACGCGGGUCACAAUGAAUUUCAAGUCAUUAGUGGGGACGAGAACACUCUCAUCACGCAUAAUCUCAAUGUGGAUGAAGAUGGCAGUGAGACAGAAAUGGUGGGAUUAUUUGGUUUAUCCGAUGAUGUUGAUCCAAAUCGCGAAGACGAGUUCAAAAACGCAGUGAGAGAAAAAGGGAUUCCGGAAGAAAAUAUCCUGAAUUUCAUCUACAAUGACAACUGUCCAAGGGAGUGAGAAGCAGUGACUCUGACUUUUAAAGAGUCACUGAGACCAGGCACGUCCUCGUCUCCAUGGAAUCAAGAUCCACAACACGAAGACGACUUUCCUGGCUCCUGAUUAACAUGAUCCUGCUCUCUUCACACUCACACUCCUUCUCCCAUCUCAUCGCUCCUUGUCACUAAAUCAUGUCCUGGUUUGUGUUAUUUGAUUGCUGAGGGUUUAAAUAAAUGGUAAAUAUCUG